AAGGGGAAUAGGCUGUUUUGAGUGUGACCUGUGUUUGAGGAAUUGCGAUGCUCAAGAAGAUACUAAUCAUGGUGGCUUCUCGAAAAGCAAUUUACUUUGUAGGGCACGACGCUGGUGCCUCCCCCAGAGCCACGCGAUUGAUGAUCUACAUCUUCCCAUUCGUAAGUACAGGAAUUUAUCUGCUUUCAUUUUGGCAAUACCAGCACCUGUCAUAUAACCGACAUCGCAAAGACCAUUUUGCAGGACUGGAGAGUUACCCCAUACCCUCGGGAUCUCAGUUGCCCCACGACCGGGUCCAUGUUGCCCGGUUCAUCCAUGCGGAUUGGCUGAAACCAAGGUACGCCAGUGCCGAGCACUAGAGCGACACCAUGGCGAAACAGGCUAAGGGGUCUUCUCUGGCAGUGACCAGUGAUUUGGCCCCAUCGCCAUUGCGAUUCGGGACGGGUAAAUGAGUCCCCGCCCGGGCCACUUCGGCGGUGACCCGGCGGGAAAAAAGCACAGUCAUUGGUCCGGGCGGUGACUUGCGCUUUUCUCGUCGCGG